GCCUUCAUCCGUUUGGCCGUUUCUCAGUUGCAUCUUCUUCACUUCAAAAGUAUACGCUCUUAGUUGCUACUAGAAAAGGUGCAUAAAUUAAAGAAAAAAUAAUGUCCAAGAUUGGAAGCUCUCUAUUGGUGCCUUCUGUUCAGGAGCUAGCAAAGCAAUCCAUCACCCAAGUUCCUGAUCGAUAUCUUGUUCCAAAACAAGGCACUCUUAUAAUACCUAAGACAUCUUCUUUUCUACAAGUCCCUGUCAUCGACUUAAACAAGCUGCUAUCUGAAGAUGCAUUUGAGCUUCACAAGUUGGACCACGCAUGCAAAGAAUGGGGAUUUUUCCAGUUGAUUAAUCAUGGAGUCGACCCUUCGUUGAUUGAAAGUGUGAAGUUAGGCUUUCAAGACUUCUUCAAUCUUCCAAUAGAAGAGAAAAAGAAAUUAUGGCAAAAACCUGGCGACAUAGAAGGGUUUGGUCAAUUGUUUGUGGUGUCUGAGAAACAAAAAUUAGAAUGGGCAGAUCUUUUCAUCAUUAACACACUUCCAUCGUAUGCAAGGGAUCUCAACUUGUUUCUCAAUAUUCCUCAACCAUUCAGAGACAAUCUUGAUAGUUAUUCCUUGCAACUCAGAAAACUUUUCAUGGCAAUCAUUGGGCAUAUGGAAAUGGCUCUCAAAACUAAACCAAAUGAACUGUUAAAACUAUUUGAAGAUGUAAGUCAAUCAAUGAGAUUGAAUUAUUAUCCUCCAUGUCCUCAACCAGAAAAUGUAAUUGGACUGAAGCCUCAUUCUGAUGCUGGUUCCCUUACCAUCCUUCUCCAAGCAAAUGAAGUAGAUGGCCUUCAAAUAAGAAAAGAUGGAAUGUGGAUGCCUAUUACACUGGUCUCUAAUGCAUUCAUCAUUAAUGUUGGAGACAUAUUGGAGAUACUGACCAAUGAAAUUUAUCGGAGCAUCAAACACCGUGUAACAAUUAACUCAAAGAAAGAAAGAAUUUCCAUUGCUGCAUUUCACAAACCUCAAAUGAACAAAGUUAUAAGCCCAAUAGAAAGUUUGGUUACCUCCGAAAGACCUGCAUUGUUUAGGGGAAUCAGCGUAGCAGAUUACUACAAAAAAUACUUCUCACGCCAGCUCCAAGAAAAAUCAGUACUCAAUGAUGUCAGGAUCAAAAGUAAUAAUUGUGUUCACAAGAUUUUAUAGGAUAGAAUAAGAACAAAAUAAUUAAUAAUCAUCAUGUUCAUCAAUAACCAGCAGUAAGUAUAGGCUCAUUUGUUCAAG